AUGACACUGACAGUUGCGGCAUCGUCCCCGGCAGCUGUGAGGGAUCCGCGGUGCUGGGGCGAGAGCUGGAAGGAGCUUCGAGCAACGGCAGUGAAAAACAAGGACCAGAUCGGGCUGACGUUUGAUCAGACGUCUCCGUUAAACUCGACGAAUUUUCAGGCGCGUUUGGUUUGCUACGUACGCACUUUGCCGCGUUUAAAUGAUGUAAAGAGCGCCUUGAGACGAUUAAAUAGCUCUCGUGAACGGAGUCUUUCUUCGGUUAGGCACACAGAUAGCCCCGCCUCUCCAAAUCGGCGUUACGAGGGGGAGACACACGGACACCGUGUGCCGAGGCCCACUAUAUGGAAGGUGGAGGGCUCUGUUGAGGGCGGCAUCACCGUCGUUGACGCCCUCUCGGGUGCUGAGCUGAUGCGUAUUUUAGAGCCAAAACGAGGUGUCAUGGUGGCUUCACUGCUGCAUGCGCCUUUUCGAGGCUUUAUCAAUAGGCAGCUGGAGGUCAUUCCUAUUGAGCAGCAGCAGGAUAUUCUCUCCGUACGGGAAACCUCACUGAUUAACACAGACUAUGUGUGGCUGGGGUUCGUGGAUGGCUCUAUACGUUUAUUUCCAACUGACGCUCGACGGGUGCGGGAGCAGGAUCGAUCGGCGCUGCUGGCGCGUGGCGAAUUAGCGGAUCUGGUGUAUGAGCUACCAAAACAUCAUAAAUCGGCUGUUAUUGCCAUCGCACGUAGCCCUUGCCACGAUGAUGGUGGGACGACCGAUUUAGUCACAGCAAAUCGAUUGAGUAGCGCCAUUCGUGAGCUCACUGCGGCGACGUCGCGCGGGGGCCGAGAGGACCGGGAGCAUCUCUCGCUUGUAUGCACCGCCUCGGAGGAUUCCUGUGUGGUGGUGUGGGACCUGAAGAAAAUUUACCGUCGUUUGGAAGAGAUGCGGGUAAGUUCGCAAAAUACAAGGAUGAUGCGCUUCGGUGCCGACGCUCCGUCGUUGUCGUUGGGGGGCGAUGUCGUCACGUUUGAUGUCACGCCCACGACGGACUGUCCCGGCUGUACGGUGCGUUCGACGUACACGCUGGUGAAGGUGCGGCCUCUGUUUAGGCUCAAGGGCGGCGUCGGUGGGCUGCGCACCCUCAACUGGGUCACCUCCGCGGUGACGACUGCGGGCUACCAGAAGCGCCGCGACGCCGUGGCCAUGACGCGGGACCCAAGGGAGGCCACGGCGCCGCAGUGCCUCAAGGAUCGCCGCGCCGUGCAGCACAUGACUCGCUGGGAGAAGCGCGAGGAACAUCGUGUGAUGCUUCGGCUGUCAGAGCGGAAUAUGCGGGAAGUGGAGGAGGAGCUGGAGCGGCUGAUGCCGCCCCUCGCACCCGAGCCGACGCAGCGCAAACGCGUCAACCUCAUCAUCGCCGGUGACGUGCAUGGCACCCUCCACUUCUGGGAUUUGGACGAGGAGCUUGAAAAGUGCGUUAGUGAUAUGCCCUCCGUGUCGUCUACCUCCCGCACGGACUCCGCCUCGCGCGACUCGCGGGCUGGGCAGAGUCCGUUGCCCACAUUUGACCACUCUGUGAGUCCAAGCGGGCGAUACGUAAAGGAGCCCCCUGCGUCAUCGGCGCGCAGCUCAACGGAAGGGAGGAGUAACGGGAGUAACUCGGUGACCCGACGCCGCGAAGUUUCUCCUCGCGUUCAUACCGGCCGCGUGACUAAAGAACGAGGGCGGAGGCAGCACCCUGGCCGCGAAAUGGCUGACAAGGGUCCCCCAUCGUUGUCUGCCUCAUCGUUUACACCAGGUGAUGCAAGGAAGCUUGGAAAUGCCCGUAACACAGCCGCGGGGGGGGUCUUAAAAAACCCGCAUAAAAGCGUCACUCAGUAUCCCUCCGUAGCUAAGCACGACCUGCCGUCGGUGAGGCGAGCAAGUAUGCCUGCAGGAAGGCCUUCUUUUGCGUCAUCAAAAUCUUCUGCUUCGCUGAGCAAAGUAAAAGGGGAUUCGACGCUAACCUCAUUUGCGGUGGCAAGAAGCCGUGGUUCGGGUUCUGCAACAGGAAUGGGGCAGAAUGGUAAGUAUCUUGUGCCGUCGCCACAGUCAAAGCUGUUUCUCUCUCAAGCUACUAGGACACCACGCAGCAGUGUGGCUCACGCCACCCCGGGCCGGCGAACACUGCAGACAGUUGAGAAGAGCACCCCUGCAGCCGCCAGGAGUUCGCGACGGAGAGGCUCGAGGGUUUUAGGGCUCGGCACGAGCGUCAAGAAGACGAAGAAGCGCGUUAGCGGCGAUCAACCUAUGACACCCUGUGUGAAUAAGUCUUUCCAAAGUAGCUCCUUUGCGGAGGAGGCAAACAAGAGCCAGUCGAAGGUUAAACGGGCGAUGCCUGAAAUGGAAAGCACAUGGACCGUGCCGUGGAACUCUUGUAGAGCGUCUGUCGCGUCUUCCUGCCUAACGUCGGGUCGCUGUAGUCAGAGCGGACGUCAGUCCACACACGACGCCACCCAUAGCGCUCGCUCAGAGAAGGGGUUAGAGCCGAACCGGUGGAUGGGUGGUCAUCGAUACAUCACUGACAUGUACAGUCGUAAAGCAAAGUGUCAUAUGGAUUUAAUAGAGGGGGGCACUGUCACAGGCAUCGCUGUGGAGCUUCCUCCCGUCAUUAAUGUGACGAUGCGCCGCCUACCAGACCCACCGGAGCCCCAUUAUUCUCUAUUGGAGCAGCCCACCGAGGAGGAAAUCCGCCGCCGUGAGUUGGCGAACAGCUUUUAUCCGUUAACGAAUGAGCGUGCCCUCUUUUUUGUGUUUGAACGGAUGCAAUUCUAUGUCUCGGUCGAGCGGGCACUUAUGAAUAUGCAGUGUGUGCCCAAAACGCGUUCAGAUAACUUGGACCACCGCACUUGUACCAAACGAUUACCUGAGGAACGUGUGAUUGCAGAACCAACGCCGUUUAGUUUUGACAUCGUCUUUCGCAGACACGUCCUAGAGCUACACCCUCAACCCAUUGUGUGCCUCUUUAUCGACCACGUCAGGCACCAACUGUGGGUGGCGCGGAGUCAUGGGCUUCUUUCUAUUUUUUCAACCGAUACAAAAUCUAUUGUUACGCGUGUACCAGACCCUGCUGCUGAGAAGGCGCUCGGGCCCCCCAAUGCCGCGGAGUGGAAACGUGUACAACGUGAAAUGACGCUGCUAGGACAGCAACCGAUUCACUUAGAGAUGCAUAAAGAGUCUCGAAAAAACCGACCUGGACACUUUACCGGUUUUCGGCCCGUUUCUCUUCUACAACAAUUUGAACUUGUGCGAAUAUCGCUGCUGCAUGAGUUGGACUCUGGCAGUGAUUUUUCUUUAGGCGUCUCCGCGUCUGUGACGUCGCAGAUUACAUUUAUUGAUGGCAAAGGCGCACUCGAUGCGCAUGCGCGGAAUCGCGAGUUCGGCCUAAGCGUCCUUUUAGAAAAACUAAAGGUGUGCCGUCAACACGCGGUGACGGUGCGACGGGCGCAGAGGGACAACUACAACGCCCUCUUCAACGCAGUCGCGGAUCGAGUAGGGUCGCUGAUUCGACGCUGCGCCACCUUUACUGUGCUGCACUCCGCACGUAAACUCUUUAGGGCCUGGGCACAUCACCGAGACUACUACCCUCGUCACUACAUUCUGCGACGGUUGCGGCAGCGGCGUCGGCUGCAGCUUUUACACCUGAAGAACGUCAUGUCCUUAAAUUGUGAUACGCGGCUCGGGAGUGUUUAUUUCGCCAAGUGGCAUGCGUUUGCGCGCGAGCGUCGGGGCCAUCAACAGGAACUGGGGCUCGCAAGGAGGUUGGGGGCGGAGGCGGAAACUCCGAUGAGAGACAAGUUUGCCAGCUUCAUCGGUGAGCACACCCGACGUCGACGAUACUGGCUGCUGUGGAAGUCGGCGCUGGCUCCAAGAGGGCGCCCUUCCUCCUUCCGUCCCCUGGCCCAGAGCGCGAGCCCGUCAAACAGCAUGGGUGCCACACAAGUUUUCUCGCCAACACUUUUGCAGUCCCCGCGGCAGAUCUUCAAUUCUCGUCCGAGAGGCGCGGAGCGUGACGGAAUUUUUCGCGACAUGUAUGCCAUUAUCCGUCAGGUUCAUGGCCUUCGCGGGACGCUGAUUUGUUUCAGGUGGGACGAGGCGUCAGAAAGCGUCUUGGAUGUGGAGGAUUCAUGGUUUGACGCCGUUGAGGCCGCCACAGAGGAGGCGGAGGCACCGACGGCGUACGCACUCAAGCUGGCCGUCUUCAAGUAUGCGCUUGUCCCUUUCCUGGAGAGCCUCGUGUCCACCGCGGAGGAGGUGCUCCCGUACAUCCAUGAGACCCCCGUCAGCAAGGAGGUGCGCUCGCUGAUUCAAGGCUGUUUGCUCUGUGUCGACUUCCUCUACGCCGAGGCGGAAGCUCUUGGCUCCACAGCAGAGGCGAUGCGGGACGGGCGAGCCCCUUCUACCUCCCGCCUCUCGCGAGAGGAACGAGCGUCUUCCGUGGAGGAGGCAACGACGGAGCACGAGCAAGAGCUGCGGCGUCUCUUUGAUGAUGUCAUGGGAUACCGUGAGUUCCAGACUCAGCUCGAGGCUGUGGCCGCACACCGCACCGUGAUUGAGGGGGUUUUGCGCCUUUUCGCCGGGCUGUAA